AUGCGAAGCGUGCGCGCCGCGCGGCUGCUGGGGGUGGCCGUCCUGCUGGCGGCCGCUGUCCCCGGCAGUGGCAGCGUGCAAGGAACCAAUAGAACCUCUAAAGGAAGAAGUCUCAUUGGUAAGACUGACAGCUCGUUGCAGAUCACUGGGAAAGGAGUUACAGUGGAACAAGGCUUUUCUGUGGAUGACGUCUCUUCCUCCAUCCUCACUGGAAAACUGACUACUGUCUUUCUCCCAACUGUCUACACAAUUGUAUUUAUGGUUGGUUUGCCAAGCAACGGCAUGGCUCUGUGGGUCUUUCUCUUCCGGACGAAGAAGAAGCACCCUGCUGUGGUGUACAUGACCAACCUGGCCUUGGCAGACCUCCUUUCUGUGGUCUGGUUCCCGCUGAAGAUCGCCUACCACAUCCAUGGCAACAACUGGGUUUAUGGGGAAGCCCUUUGCAAGGUACUCAUUGGCUUUUUCUAUGGCAACAUGUACUGCUCCAUUCUCUUCAUGACCUGCCUCAGUGUGCAACGGUAUUGGGUCAUCGUGAAUCCCAUCGCGCACCCCGCGAGGAAGGCAAACAUCGCCUUGGGAGUCUCCCUGGGGAUAUGGCUGCUGAUACUGCUGGUUACCAUCCCCCUGUAUGUCGUGAGGCAGACUAUGCACAUUCCAGCCCUUAACAUCACGACCUGCCAUGAUGUCUUGCCUGAGGAAGUGUUGGUGGGGGACAUGUUCAAUUAUUUCCUCUCUCUGGCCAUCGGAGCCUUCCUAUUCCCAGCCUGCCUCACGGCCUCUGCCUAUGCGCUGAUGAUCAGAACACUCCGCUCUCCUGCUAUGGAUGAAAACUCGGGAAAGAAGAGGCAGAGGGCCAUCAAGCUCAUUGUCACCGUCCUGGCCAUGUACCUGAUCUGCUUUACCCCCAGUAACCUUCUGCUCGUGGUACAUUAUUUCAUGAUUAAAACCUGGAGCCAGAGCCACGUCUAUGCCCUGUACAUGGUGGCUCUCUGCCUGUCCACCCUUAACAGCUGCAUUGAUCCCUUCGUCUAUUACUUUGUUUCACAAGACUUCAGGGACCACGUCAAGCACGCUCUCCUUUGUCGGAGUGUCCGUUCUGUCAGGCAGAUGCAAGUAUCCCUCACAUCAAAGAAAUUCUCCAGGAAAUCCAGCUCUUAUUCUUCAAGCUCAACCAGUGUCAAAACCUCUUACUGA